AUUUAGCCAAUGCCAAGUGGCUUUCUAUAGAGACUCAAGUGAAAGACAGUUCAGAUGAAUGCAACUCUACAUUUGAAAAAGAUCUGAAAAAAGCUAUAGCACUUUCGUUGGAAACAAAGGCGGAGACUUGUAAGAAUGGUACAGAGUCGAAAAAAGAAGACUUGCUAAAUUCUGAUUUAAUCCAACCAAUUAAGAAUUUUAAUUCGAAUAUGGUAGUUAUACUUUCAAGCACCGAUUCGGAGCGGUCAUCUAAGCAAGCCAAUGGUUAUUCAAAAAAACUUACUACUGAAACGACCACAAAAAUUGGUAAGCGAGCUACAGAAGAUACAAAAGAAAAUACAUUUUUGUCGAAUGCCGAAAAUAUUUGUAACUCUACGGCAUUGAACGUUGCUGCCGCGCGCAAGCAGUUAAUUAGUCGUCUACCGACAAUAAGUGAAAACACAGCCCACAAAAUUUUUCACGAUACGCUGUUUAAAGAUGAUGCAACUCCCAAAGCCGCUGCACGUUGUUUGACUACCGUCGGUAAAAGUCUCGAUACGACAGCACUAAACGACAUUAAAUUUGGAAAAAAGUUUAUAACGCUUUCAUCGCCUGAGCAAGGGCGAACAAUGCCCAGAGUAUGCGUCUCUGAAACAAAGCGUAGAUUAAAACCACAAAUUGUCUCGCGUGGUCGAAAAUCGGCAAUUGGACCAAGUAUUAAAGAAAAAGUUAACAAAAAACAAAAACCAGCACGCAUUCUUUUAUACAAACCUCGGCAAAAACAGCAACCGCAAGGUGCCUAUUUCCAAGUAACUAAAGAGCUUUUGAGUGAUGUAAUUGGGGAGAAGGACGCAUGCAGAUUUUUGAAGCACCAUCUUGGACGUCUUUCAUUUCCUAACACAUCUACUGUGUAUUACUGUCCCCCUGAGGAGGAACUCUCGAGCUCUGACAGUGAUGACGAUCCCUUGCAGAAAGUUGGGCGUUGUGGUGAAUUGUAUGAGUCUGUGCUACGCGAUGAUAACGAGAUAAUUUAAGAUGGGCCACUUUUGUUUUAAUGUGUAAGUUUUUAGAUAAAUGCAAUGAAAACAGCUUACAAAUUUAAAACCAAUACCAGCGUUUAAGUUAAAUAAUAUAAAAAACUUGUUCCACUACCUUCCAAAAUAUGGUUUAAGUUUUCUCAAAACUUUUUUUUUAAAUCAAACACUACAUUUUAAAUAAAAUACGAAGACUUUAUAAUAGUUUGAAUGUCUAAUUUUCCUUUAAUUUAAAUCGAUUGUUGAGAAUAAAAUAAAAAAAAACAACACGUACAUGAUAAAUAAUAUAAAGUGAAUAAUAAAAAGUAUUUCUUCAGCUCGAACAUUUAUGUAUGUAUGUAAAUUAAUCUUAAAAACAAUUAUUUUCGUUAUAAAUGAACAAUUAAAUUGGACAUACGAAACGUAAAUGUA